CUCGUAUCCUCAAAAAAGAAACGUCUCGAGUACAGUUUCAUUCAUCUUUCUCUCCGUCACUUUAGGAUCUUAAAGCAAUGUACAGAGCUUUGGCGAGCAGAGCACUGAGAGCUAAGUCUCUCUGUGACACCAAAUCCUCGACCGUCCUUGCUUCUUUCACCUCUUCCAGGUUGAAUCAUUCUAUACCGUUUGCUACCGUAGAUGCCGAGGAGAUAUCUGGUGCUCACCCUGCUGAAGUACAGAGCUUUGUUCAGGGAAAGUGGAUAGGGUCUUCGAACUAUAACACGCUUCUGGAUCCUCUCAAUGGAGAACCAUUCAUUAAAGUUGCUGAAGUGGAUGAAUCAGGAGUUCAGCCGUUUAUUGAGAGCUUAGCUCAGUGUCCAAAACAUGGUCUGCAUAACCCUUUCAAGUCUCCAGAGAGAUACCUUUUAUAUGGAGAUAUCUCCACAAAGGCAGCUCAUAUGCUCGCUUUACCUAAUGUAUCUGAUUUCUUCACGAGGUUGAUUCAAAGGGUUGCUCCAAAGAGUUACCAGCAAGCUGCUGGAGAAGUCUUUGUCACAAGAAAGUUCUUAGAGAACUUCUGCGGUGAUCAGGUGCGUUUCCUGGCACGGUCUUUUGCAGUACCUGGGAAUCACCUUGGGCAGCAAAGUCAUGGCUACCGCUGGCCUUAUGGUCCUGUAACGAUUGUUACACCAUUCAAUUUUCCACUUGAGAUUCCACUACUUCAGCUGAUGGGGGCUUUAUACAUGGGUAACAAACCUCUUCUUAAAGUGGACAGCAAGGUGAGCAUUGUAAUGGAGCAAAUGAUGAGAUUGCUGCACUAUUGUGGUUUGCCCGUUGAAGAUGUUGACUUUAUUAAUUCCGAUGGGAAGACUAUGAACAAGAUAUUGCUAGAGGCGGAUCCAAGGAUGACUCUCUUCACAGGUAGCUCUAGAGUAGCUGAAAAGUUGGCACUUGACCUCAAGGGUCGGAUUAGACUGGAAGAUGCUGGUUUUGAUUGGAAAGUCUUGGGACCAGAUGUUCAGGAGGUUGAUUAUGUUGCAUGGGUAUGUGAUCAAGAUGCAUACGCGUGCAGUGGACAGAAGUGUUCUGCACAGUCUAUGCUUUUUGUGCACGAGAACUGGGCAAAAACUCCUCUUCUUUCCAAGUUAAAAGAACUUGCCGGAAGACGCAAGCUGGAAGACUUGACCAUUGGUCCUGUCCUAACAUUCACAACUGAGGCAAUGUUGGAGCACAUGGAGAAUCUGCUUAAGAUUCAAGGCUCAAAGCUACUCUUUGGUGGGAAACCAUUGAAGAACCACUCAAUUCCUUCUAUCUACGGAGCAUUGGAGCCCACUGCAGUUUAUGUUCCCAUUGAAGAAAUCUUGAAGGACACUAAAACCUACGAACUCGUCACCAAAGAAAUCUUUGGACCGUUUCAGAUUGUAACGGAAUACAAAAAGGAUCAACUUCCUCUUGUGUUGGAUGCUUUGGAGAGGAUGCACGCUCAUCUAACUGCAGCUGUUGUUUCAAACGACCCCAUCUUUAUCCAGGCAAAUCCUUUCACCAUCAUCAAUCAAUCAAUCAAUCUCUUAACUAUCUUCUAAUGAUGUAGCAAAUGCGUGCAGGAAGUGAUAGGGAACUCGGUGAAUGGGACUACAUAUGCUGGACUCAGAGGAAGAACAACCGGAGCUCCUCAGAAUCACUGGUGAGCUCAAUAACUAACAUCACUCUCAUUCCUUUUUUUCUGAGAGAAAAAAUGCUAAAUGGUAUUAUUAUAUAAACACAGGUUUGGACCUGCUGGAGAUCCAAGAGGAGCAGGGAUAGGAACACCAGAGGCUAUAAAGCUGGUGUGGUCAUGCCACAGAGAGGUCAUCUAUGACUAUGGUCCUAUUCCACAAGGUUGGGAACUUCCUGCAUCUACUUAAA